UUCAAUGAGCAUAUUUUAAAAGUAAAAAGAGGGCAGACAGUACAAAGCCAUACAGUCAUCGAUUACAUUAACUUCUGUGAGGUUAUAAUAUCCAUCUGAACAGCCGCCAAUCAAUGAUAAAUAGGCAUGAAAAGGAAAGAUAGAAUGAGUAAUGGGUAGCACGUCGUCCAUUUGAUUUAAUAGAAGGAAUAAAAGAACCAACUGUAGGGACCAGAUGAACUGCAGAACAGUUCCAGUACAGUACUUCAAGUCUGAGCGCGUCCCCGUGUCUGCCAAGUGCUCGCUCUCGUGAGCAUGGCCGCCAUUUUGAUUGGAAAAAUAUGACUGAGUUUUUUUUUUUUACUGCUUUGCAUGCUAAACUUAGCAUUCUAACAGCCUAAAGCUCAACUAACUCGUGGUGGUGGUGACGCUCUAAGGCCAUUAAUGUUGGACAAAUGUCUCUUGUUUGAUCCCGCAGCCACGUUUGUGCGCUAACUUCAGCAGGCUAACAGUAGCCUGACCCCUUCUUCAAAACAAAUCACUCAUAGGCUAAUGUGUGGCAGCUAACGCUGCUAGCUCUCAGUUAGCCCGACUGCUAUUGACUUAGAGGUUGACGGCUUGACGGGGAAAAAAAACUUCCUACAAGAAUUGAACCAGCGCACGAAGGACAUACUUAUUGACCUUAAACCUAAGGGUAUGGUGAGUCUCUCAGUGUCUCAGCUCCUAAAGAGGCCUGUGUCUUAAGAAGAGACCCAUGCUGAUAAAUGCCAGGCCUCGCCACACUCUUUGUCGUCUGCACAAACACAAAUGCCUGCCUGCCCAAGGGGGAGGUCUGAUUAAAGAUAUCUACGUUUUAUCCUCUGGGUUGUGCCCCCCUUCCCAGCGGCAAUCAUGUUUUGGAAGUUUGACCUGCACACUACCUCCCACAUUGACCAGCUGCUGGACAGGGAGGACGUGACACUGAGGGAGCUGAUGGAGGAGGAUGACGUCCUACAGGAGUGCAAGGCCCAGAACCGACGUCUGCUGCUCUUCCUCUCCCAGGAUCACUGCAUGCAAGAGCUGGUCAGCCUCAUUACGACAGAGCCUCCCGAGGACCUGGAGGAGAGGAGUCGCUUCAAGUUUCCCAAUAUUGCCUGUGAGCUCCUGACCUCUGAUGUGUCCAUCAUCAAUGAUAAGUUGGGCGGGGACGAGUCUCUACUUGAGAUGUUGUACCACUUCCUGGAGCAAGACCCGCCUCUUAACCCGUUACUUGCAAGCUUCUUCAGCAAAACCAUCGGGAAUCUUAUUGCCAGGAAAACUGACCAGGUGAUUGCGUUCCUGAAGAAAAAGGAAGGCUUCAUUGGUCUGGUGCUGAAACAUAUAGAUGCCUCUGCCAUGAUGGACCUACUGCUCCGUCUCAUCAGUUAUGUGGAGCCUGCUCCUUUGAGGCAGGAUGUUCUCCAUUGGCUGAACGAGGAGAAGUUAGUCCAAAGACUUAUAGAACUCAUCCACACAGGUCGAGAUGAGGAGAGACAAUCAAACGCGUCUCAAACGCUUUGUGACAUCAUCCGCCUUUGUAGAGACCCGUCCAAUCAGAUGCAGGAGAACGUGGAGGGUGACCCACUAUUGACCGUGCUCGAGUCGCAAGAGACUGUCGCCGAACUCCUCAAAAACAUGUUUGAGGGGGAGAGGAGCGAGGCCUCCAUCGUUAAUGGAACUCAAGUGCUACUUACCUUACUGGAGACCAGGAGGUCAGGGUUGGAAGGGCUAAUGGAUCUGUAUUCUCAGGGUUAUGAAAGGUCUUACACUGUCAACAGCAGUAUUUUAAAUGCCAUUGAGCCCCAUUUAAAAGACUUCCAGCAACUUCUUAUGGAUCCCCCAAAGAAAAGUGCAAUAUUGACGACUGUUGGUGUCCUGGAGCAGCCACUCGGGAAUGCUCGUCUACACGUGGCCCGUCUGGUGGCUGCUCUGCUGCAGACCAAUGCCCCCAAUAUCUGCCAGGAGCUCUGUAACCUGGGCACAAUGGACCUACUACUGGAUCUGUUCUUCAAAUACACGUGGAAUAACUUUUUGCACUUCCAAGUGGAGCUGUGUGUGGCAGCCAUCCUGAACCACCCUGCCUCAGGGGAGCAGCCCAGCCAAGGCCUGCAGAACCACAAUGAGAAAUCCACCCCGCCGGGUCCCGAAGGCAAGGCCGAGACAGGAGAACCGAGCGGGACCACUGACCCACAGACCUCUAUUCACAACGCCCUGGUGGCACAUCUCUUCCAGAACUGUCGACUGGUACAAAAGAUCCUCGAUGCUUGGGAAGAGAACGACAAGAUACAGGCAGAUGGUGGCACCAGGAGAGGAAACAUGGGUCACCUGACAAGAAUUUCCAACAUGGUCGUCCAGAACUUGGAGAAAGGACCAGUACAGGCCCAGAUUUGUGACCUCAUCAAAGAACUGCCUGAAGACUGCAGAGGUCGCUGGGAGAGUUUUGUUGACGAGACAUUGAGAGAAACUAACCGGAGGAACACAGUGGAGUUGGUCAGCACACACAACAUGCACUCAUCCAGUGAGGACGACGACAUGGAGAGCCCCUUCCCCAAUGACCUGUCUCUGCAGCAGGCCUUCUCUGACUAUCAGAUCCAACAGAUGACAGCAAACUUUGUGGAUCAAUUUGGCUUCAAUGACGAGGAGUUCAGCGACCAUGAUGAAAAUAUCAAUGCCACAUUCGACAGAAUUGCAGAGAUCAACUUCAACCUGGACGCCGACGACAACAGUGCCAACGCUGCAGCUUUCGAGGCCUGCUGUAAAGAACGGAUACAGCAGUUCGACGACGCCGAGGAAGAGGAGGACAUCUGGGAGGAGAAGGAGAUAAACUAUGCAACACAAGCAAAAACUAGAACGAGGUUUGGAGUUUCGCAAACCUCAGAGAGCAGCUCCAGGGGCAGCAUGGAGAAUGGAGGUCGGGAGCGAGACUGCGGGUCAGACUCCGACGAGGAUGAGAACACAGAGGAGAACACAUCAGAAGGAGGUCCAGGGUGGACGGCGAAUUUUCGAGACUCCGGGGGAACCACUGAGACUGUCAGCCCGUCUGGUUGGGAGAUGAAUGCUGGAAAUGGGACAGGUGCCCAGGAGACGGGCUGGGCCAACUUCACAGAGUUCCAACCCUUCUCUGGUGACUCUGAGCAGAGGUGCAGUUCUCCUGUGGACUCCGGCGACACGGCCAAACCAAACCAAGAGACUGCCACGUCCGAAAGCAGCCCGUGUGCAGGAGCCGAUGUUGGCACGGCAGACAAACCUGGAGGCAGAGCCUCUCCAGCUGCUGACGCGUCCUCAGGAUCACCAGACGCCCUGAGCAACAAGACAGCUGACCUCAAAAGUGAGGAGACGUUGGCGUCUCUGGAGAAACUCUCUCUCACCGACGCUCCUCAAGAAUCUGAGCAGCAAAACAAACCAGCUGAGGAUUCACCAGAAAUCACACAGAGCGACAGGAAAGAGGACACGCCCCGUCCGCAGCAGGAAGUGUCGGCGAACGGACCGCUGUGAUUGGUUGGCGGCGACCUGGUCCAGCAGCAGCAGCAACGGCGGCCCCGUCGGCCCCGCCCCCUCCUGCCUCGUCCAGAGUGACUCACCUCACCGCCGUUUCUACCGAAUCACUCUGCCAUGUUAUUGGAGCCGGACACUGCCAGUCAAGACCGAGGCGGCCCAACCUGUACAAAUCUCUAUAAAAUACACCCGGCGGAGCGGACGCCUUCUCUUCUCUUCUGAUGUUGCACACGUGCAGUUUCAAUGUAGCAGCAGCCACCUGCAAAACCGUGGCCAGCGUUAUUUUUUUACGUCCUGGAAGAUUUCUCAGCUGCACGUCGCCGGCUCCACUUCCAACCCCCGUAACAGCCCCGUUCCCCUUUAUCGGCUCGGCUUCUUGGAGAGCACUUAGGCGGCCGCGGACGUGACGGCUCGCCGCCGCGACGGCUCGCCGCCGCCUCAUCGCCACCUGCCAGGAUCAGCUCCCAUAGUAUUACUGUCUCCCGCUCAUGUGCAAUAACGUCACUUUGCCAUUUUUAUUUAAAUUGAAUAUCUUGCUGAUUUGGACCUCUGAUUUCCUCUCACGCAUGUUUAACCGCGUCGACCUAGCUAGUGAGCUAAGACCUUCUGAUUGUAUCGACUUUUUAAUUUCUUCUCUCCCCUCCAAAUCAACCAAACAUUAUCUACCUAUAUUCAAAUAUUGUCUUUUUUUAAGUCGUUUUACAAGCAAUCCGAGAUUUAUCUGUUUUUGUUUUCUCUCUCUCUCUCUCUCUCUCUGCAUGAGUGCUGGGAAGAGACGUCUUUCUUUUUAUUCCCAUCUAAGCUGCAGGGUUGGAGCGAGGGCAGGUCUUCUGGUGUGACUCACUGAUGUGGUUUGACAGCGUUUCAGGUUCUGCCAUUAUUGUUCCAAAUUAAUAAUAUUAAAAGUGUCUGGUUGACAGCAUUAA